AUGUUACCAUCUAGUGGAUACAAAAUAAAUAAUCAAACAGUUCUCUGCGAACAUAUGGACGAAAACUACGAACCAACUUCAGAAGAAAUCCGUGAAUACGCCAUUUUUAUUGGUAUUGAUCCAGAUAAGGACUCUCAUUUACUUUGGCUGGCUAGAGAAGGGAUCCUUAAACCACUACCAUCAGGUUGGAAACCGUGUCAAGACGAAAAUGGAGAAUUAUAUUAUUUUAAUUUUGAUACGGGUACGUCAUCCUGGGAUCAUCCAUGUGAUGAAAUAUAUAAGGCGCGCGUUAUUCAGGAACGGAAAAAAUUGUCAUCAGCAAAAAAUCUGGUCCGUGAUCUCAUUGAUGAUGAAAUCGUGGAAAAUAUACCCGAUGACGACAGUGACAAUGACAGUGAUAGUUCCUCGGAUGAUUUUCGACGAAAAUUAGAUUUCGGUGCGUAUACAUGUAUUGAUCCUAUGUUGUCUGCACGUAUUGUAGAAGAUAAAGAAGGAGCGACGAGAAAUAGGAAACCGUUCGAAGCGAGUGUAUCACAAAGACAUUCCACAGUAGAAAAUAAAGCUGUCAGUACAAAUGCUUCCUCUCGUAUGCAACGUGCUAAUGAUAUCGAUGUUGUUCAAAAGUAUCUACAAUCAAUGUCACUGAAAAGUCUGGAUCGAAUGGAACCGAAUGGUUCGACUGCGCUCCCUGUAGCUUCUGGUUCAACGAAAAACAAAUCUCGUGUAACCGUACUUGAGAGAGCUAAAAGCGACGAGACAAAGCAAAUGCCUCAUCGACGACGUCUGACUAAGACGCGUUUUGUCAGUGAUUUCAUGGAAUGGAUUCGUUCUUCGUAUGAUGCCGAUUUUCAAGCACAUGAGUAUUUGAAAUCAUUAGAAACUUACGGCAACGAUCCACAAUUCGAUCGGCUAGUUCUCUUCGUCAAACAAAAUUAUCUGGAAAAGAGUCUGCGCAAUGUUCAGAGUAUUGAUUUAAUCCGACAAUUUUUUGAUGUAACAAUCGAGGAAAAAGAUCCGAACUAUUUGUUAAAAGCCUAUACAACUGAUACAGGCUUCUCUUCGGCACUCAAUACCGAUUUGGCACAAUUAGAGCUUGAGAAUUUAGCUGCUCCACAGAACCUUAGUUUAGCGUAUUUCAUUGGAAUUAUCGCUCGACAUCCACAUUUCAAUAGUCUCUCGUAUCUUGGAACGACGUAUCGCGGCAUGAUGCUUACCGAGAAUGAUGUUACGCUGUACAAGCGAGGCACACGAAUUUUAACUAAAACCUUUGCGUCAACGUCCAAACGUUUGAGUGUCGCCACGGGAUUCCAUGGUAAUAAACGUGACACAAGUUCCCGAAUGAGUACGCUAUGCAUAUAUGAGAUACGAAAUCCGAGAACGGCAUUAUAUAUCGCCAACACAUCAUUGUAUCCCGAUGAAGAAGAAGUUCUAGUUCUACCAUAUUCAGCCUUCAAAAUCAUUGACGUUACAAUAGAUAGAAACAAGGUGCCUGCCGUAGAAAUCAAACUGAAAGAAUGUGAACCUUGGUGA